AUGGCGACACGACCAACUGCAGAGACCCCGUCACGGGAGGAUCAGCUCAUGGAGCUGACCCUGCAAUUGAGGAACGAGGAGAAUGCAAAGAAGUAUGCCCAGUUCCACGGCGAUAGUCUGAUCUCUAACAAAACUCCGGACAAGGUCGGACUGCUUGAAGAUCUCACGGCAGCCCUCGCUCCCAGCAACUGGGGUGCUUUGGGUGACAUCGUUGGAAGUUUCCUUUCAGGCAAACCUGUUGAUGAGGCUGGACUUGCCCAGGUUUCUGGUAGCCUAUCGAACGACAGCACUAAUCGUGAACGGCUGAUUAACGACCAAGUGCGUAAAAAGUACGACAAAAUGCUGCAUCCUCCUCUCACGUACUUGGGUGACGCCUUUCAGUACAGAACUGCCGAUGGAUCCUUCAACUCAGCCCUGAACCCGCACCUCGGGCAGGCUGGUGGCCCCUACGCAAAGACGGUACCAUCCAAAACGGCACCGCUCGGCGCGUUGCCUGACCCCGAAGUUUUGUUUGAUCGACUGAUGGCACGCGAAGCCGGGGGCCGCCAGAGUCAGUCCGGACUAUCAUCAAUGCUCUUGUACCACGCCACCAUCAUCAUCCAUGACAUCUUCCGCACCAACGACGAUGACAAGAACAUCUCAGACUCCUCUUCGUAUUUGGACCUCUCGCCUCUCUAUGGCUACAACGAAAGCAUGGUGCGAAAAGUCCGCGACGACAAGUACAAGCUGGGCCUGCUCAAGCCCGACACCUUCGCAGAGGACCGUUUACUUAGGCAGCCUCCUGGGGUGUGUAUCAUGUUAGUCAUGUACAACCGAUAUCACAACUAUGCUGCCAGACAGCUUCUCCGGAUCAACGAGAACGGCCGCUUCAGCCUCCCAAAAAUGUACAGUGGCACACGAUUAGUCGCGCUAAUCAAAGAACACCUCCCCGAUCGGGAUGACCAAGGCGUCAAGAUGCCACUCGACUCAAAGGUGAAUCUGCUCUGCAAUCAGUACGAGGACUUGUGGGGCAAAGUCCGCGCCGCGAGGCCUCCGGAUGCCCCCGAUGCCCCAAAGAAACAGGACUCCGAGACACCGGAGCAGACAGCUGUGCGUGAAGCAGCUGAAAAGAAGAGGAAGGCUGCUCUUGAUCUGAUCACGGCCUUCGAGUCUGAGCUGUUGUACACAAAGUUUGCGGACGUGGAACGCCAGCUAAAGCAGAAGCUGAAAGAGAAGGGCAACAAGCUGGAACGCGAGUCGCCGGCUCUCUUGAAGUCCUUUGAGAAGAAGUGCAAAGACUUCAAGAUGGCUUGGCAGGCUGCGUGGGACAAGCAGGACGACGAUCUCUUCAACACUGCUCGCCUCAUCACGCAGGGCAUGUAUGUCAACAUCAGCAUCCACGACUACCUCCGUACCUUGAUGGGUUUCCACCAGUUCGACACGAACUUUACCCUCGAUCCGAGAAAGGACUUUGACCAGAAGAAGACCACUCGAGGCCUUGGUAACCAGGUCACUGUCGAGUUCAACCUACUCUACCGCUUCCACUGCGCCAUCUCGCUUCGUGACGAGAAGUACACAGAGGACUAUAUGAAGGCCAAACUCGGCAUCGAGCACCCCGAACACCUCUCACUGCCCGAGUUUCUCAAAGUGAUGUCUUAUGAGAAACAGAAAGGCACCAAGCCCGUGGAGCCGUGGCAAGUCACCUUCGGCAUCCCAGACGUUCCUGCCCCUAAAACAACUCCCGGUUCGAAAGACGGGCACAGCACGGAACGGAGCAGGAAUAACUCAGACAGUGGCAUCUCCUUGGGCAGCACCGGCGUAGACGUCGACAUCACCAAGGCCAAGGCCCCGGCCGUCGCCACUCCCUCUGUCGCGAACUCCAAGCACUUUGAACGCAACGAGAUCACAAACCUCUUUGAUGACGAGCAGAUGCUCAAUGAGCUGACUGCGGCCAUGGACGAGCCUCUAUCUAACUUUGGCCCGCGAAACGUGCCCAAGUGUCUCAAGCCCGUCGAGAUGAUGGGCAUCAUGCAGGCUCGCAAGUGGGAGGUCGGAACACUGAACGAUUUCCGUAGCUUUUUCGAGCUGCCAGUCCACACCACGUUCGAGAGCGUCUCGGCAAACCCGGACAUCCAGAAUGCCCUACGCGACCUCUAUGAGUCGCCCGAUAAGAUUGAACUGUACCCAGGCAUCUUCUGCGAGGGCGACGCCAAGAUGAGUCUGGACCCAGGGCCAGCAGAGUCAUCCCCCGCGCUGUGGGCAGCCAUCUUCUCUGACGCCAUCACGUUAGUGAGGUCUGAUCGAUUCUAUACCGUCGACUGGAACACCCAAAGUCUGACGGCCUGGGGGAUGAAAGAAGUCACACCCGACAACGAUGUGUGUAAGAGCUCCGUCUUCCACCGGCUCACACAGCGCGCCUUUCCAGGGUGGCUGCCUCGUGACAGUCUGAGGUGGUUUAACCCAUUUUAUACGGCCAAGCAGAACGCCAUCUACGCCGAGCAGCAAGGUUAUGCCAGUCAAUUCAAGGACACGGCCAAAAUCGAGCUCAUGCCAUACUUCGACCGCGCAAAGGCUGCUGCGCGCAUUGUCGCAUGCCCGCCAGAGAAACCCCAGAAGCCAUGCUACUUGGACAACUUUGAAGACAUCAAGGUAGUUCUCAAAGACCAGAGUGAUCACUUCACCAAUCCGGUGUUCAGCUACAAGUCGAACUUGCCUCGUGCGCUCAGAGAAGUGCUUGAUCGGGAGACAGCGAGGCCAAUCAAGUUUGACCCAAAUAUUCUGAAGAAGCAUGUCAAGAGUGUUGAGAAGGAACUCAAGACAUACCUCUCGGAGCUGAUGACAUCUAUCAUCAAGCGCGAAUCGGUCUCCAUCACCAAGGCCGAGUUUCAAAUCGACGCAACCAGAGACUUCGCUAUUCCCGUUGUGACCCGCUAUAUGGCGGCAUUUCUCGGCUUUAGCCACAAACUGCGCGAGGUUCCCGCUACUUGUACCGUCUCAGACAAGCGCACGCAGACCGCCGCACACCCCGGAACAUACACCGAAAACGAGAUCUACCAGCACAUCACCAACUGCCAAGUCUUCCUAGCCUACAACACCGACGAGACGAAGUGGAUGGCGCGCCGCACGGCGUUUCAGAAGUCGGUGGAAAAAUUGAUCGAACUUGCUAGACAGGGCACGAUCUGGGAGGCCAAGCAGCUUUUUGGCUUGUCCAAUAUGCUGAUUGGCAAGGAGGAGACGAACCCGAUGCACCAGAUGGGUGUGUUUGUGGCAAAGCAGGUACUCAAGCAUGAGCCGGAUCAGACCAGAGCUGCGGCGAUCUUGCUCUUGAUCUCGUUGGACUUUACAUACAAUGCUGUCGUUUCAUUCACUGCUACGCUUGACGGCUUCAUGGAAGACCUCUACCAAGUUGCCAACGGCGACAACAUGGAAGCCGAACCGAAAUGGCUCGCCCUCCAGCGUGCCGCACUGGUCGACGAGGACAACGUUGUUGAAAAGAUGGUGCUGGACAUGGCACGCGCCAAGGUGAACUUGCCCAUCGUGCGCAAGGUGCUCAAAAAGGGGCAAUUCAAAUUCGUCGGCGUGCCGUACAAGGGCAAGUCCACAACGCUCAAGGAGGGACAGCAUGUUGUACUGGAUCUGGCUCCUGCCACCGCCAGCGCCGUGGAAGCGCAAGACACCGGCAGACUCAAAUUCCUGACCCUUCAGCUCUCGAUUGCCGACAAGUACGCCGUCUUCAGCCCGCGCGACUUCAUCCCGCUCAGCCAAGCGCAGAUGAUCAAGUUCAUCGCCCUGACGCGCAACACGCGCCGUGGUCCCGCGGCCCAGGGCGAACUCAAGCGCGUGCACCUCGAGGCCACCGCGGAAGGCUACGCGAAUUACAUGGCGCCCGAACGCGUAGAGUGGAUCAAGGAACAAGUUGACAAGUUGGAGGACCAGAAGGAGGCGUCCAGGAUCUUCAACGACAAGAUCUUCGUGGCCGGAUUUGACACGUUCUUGACCCCUUCGUGGGACGAGUACGUCCCCUUCCCGAUGACGUGGAAGAUCCGCUUCGACGGGUUCGGGAAGAGCGACUACAUCGACCAGGAGUGUAAGAAUGUGAAGUAUGGCCAGGUCCGCACGGUCGGCAAAGGCUUGCCAGACUUCUGUCCGCCUUGGUAUCAGCCCAAGGGCCCCAGCUCGACUGGUGGCACUUUUGCCAUGGUCGAGUUGCCGCAAGCGGUUGUGGUUGUAGUGGCGGCAAGGCUGGGCGUAAAGAGAGGGCUCCGAAGCCGAUAG